CACGGGAUCAUAGUAUACGUUCCGGCUUACCGGAGUGGCUUCUGAGACACCCCUUUGAUGCAGGUUCUAAAAAUGAUACAGUUUUGAAUGCACCCUUCUUUCCUUGAAUAUCAGGUAAAAGCUUUGUGAAAUCCUCUAAAAACUUUCUUUAAUGGCUUUGAUUUUUCUUCAGGCCACGAAUUCUUCACUGGUUUCUCUAGAUACCAAUCAAGCCUUUCCUUCAAAGCAUGGACUCGCUCCAGGUUUUCUCAUGAACAUUUCCAUUUCUGCAAAUUUACCAUCCCAAAACAGUUUCAGAAAGCCCAAAAGUUUACGUUCAGUUGCUAGGUCUAUUUUUGGUGGAAUUAAUGCUAAAAAUGGUACAGUAUCGUGUUCAAAUGGUAAUGUGCAGCCUCCCCUUGAUGAAGUACCCAAUAAUCUGGUGGAAGAACAACUUCCAUUCAAGGAAAGUAGCUCUGGUUCAGAAUUUCCACGGCGUGAGCAGAAGUAUUUGCAAGACCCACCUUGCAAAGAUUCUUAUUUCAAUGGUGCCACACCAACUUCUCCCGUUAAUGUGCCGCUUCCCCUCAAAACAAUACCUAAAAAGCAGUUCGAAAUGAACCUUCCAUUUAAGGAAAAUGACACUAUUUCAGAACUCCCAUGGCAAAAAAUGCAUAAUUUAUCUGACCCAAUUGGAAAUUCACCACCAUCAAAGGGCCCAGCAAAUGGCUUGGUAAGACCCGAAAAGACGAAGGGGCAACAAGGGUUACCUACACUUUCCUUCCUAAGAAAGAUUGGGCAUCAUAAUGAAGUUAAAAUGCCUACUGCUCCAUGGAUGAGAGGCCCACUUCUAUUGCCUGCUGAUGAUGUGUUGGAUUUAUCCAAAAGUAGAAAAAAGUCAAGCAAUGAAAUGAAUUCAGAUGAUAAAGCUCUUACUGGAGGAGUUCGGGGAGGAAGGAGCAAGCAUGCGAUGCGUUUAAUUAUGGAAAACAUCACAAAACUGAAGGAGAUUCACGAAGAAAAUGAGCAAAAGAAAGAAACCCACAUUGUUUUAUCAGAUGAAGUGGACAUUCGAAGCAAAAUUAAUUCUAGUUUUAGUGAGGGGGCCACAAAAUCAAUAGAGGCCGGGUUUAAUUUACCAUUGAAGGAAGUAUCUGUUAGUGAAGACCAAGCUAUGGAAACCAAAUUGCCAUGGACAAUGGCUGAAAAGAAUGUUUUCCGAAGAGUGAAGAAGGAAAAGACUCCAACUAAAGCAGAAUUGAGCUUACCCAAGCCUCUUCUAACAAGGUUGAGAGAUCGAGGUCGGACAUUGACAAAAUGGGUUAAGGUGAAGAAGGCAGGUGUGACUCAAGAAGUAAUGAAUGAAAUAUAUGCUGUUUGGAAGAAGAGGGAACUUGCUAUGCUCAAGUUUGAUGUGCCAUUAUGCCGGAACAUGGAUAGAGCAACAGAAAUCGUGGAGACUAAGACUGGAGGGUUGGUUGUUUGGAGAAAGAAAGGUACCCUAGUUGUGUACAGAGGAACCAAUUAUCACUCACUUUCAAAAACUUCUGAAACAAAUCCUUGGUCUCUUGAGCUUUUUGAUGACAAUAAAAUAUCAGCACCAAAUGGCUUUCUGAAUUUCAAGGAUGACACUAUGAUAUAUCAAGCAGGCUCAGAUGGCCUAAUGAAGGAAACGCUGUUUGAGAGGGAAGCUAAUAGAUUACUGGAUGAAUUAGGACCACGAUUUAUUGAUUGGUGGUGGUCCACACCAUUGCCUGUAGAUGCUGACUUGCUUCCUGAAGUAAUUCCAAAUUUCAGGCCUCCAUUAAGGCUUUGCCCUCCUCAUAUGCAAUCAAAGCUUACUGAUGAAGAAUUGACAUACUUAAGGAAGUUUGCAAAGCAUCUACCAACUCACUUUGCCCUGGGGAAAAAUACAAAGCUUCAAGGCCUGGCAGCUGCCAUCUUGAAGUUAUGGGAGAAAAGUUUGAUAGCCAAGAUAGCUAUUAAGUGGGGGAUCCCUAAUGUUAAUCACCAACAAAUGGCAUAUGAGCUCAAGCAUCUAACUGGAGGGGUUCUACUUCUUCAAAACAAAUUCUUCAUCUUGCUCUACAGAGGCAAGGAUUUUCUCCCUCCAGGAGUUGCAAAUUCAAUUGCGGAGAGAGAAACAACACUCAAGACCCUGCAAAUCCAUGAAGAAAAUGCACGAUCAAUAGCUGCUACAGGUUUCCUCUCUCCUGAUGAGACACAACCAACCACCAGCAGAACGGGGACAUUAUCAGAUUUCCAGGAAAUUCAGGAGCAUUCCCAUCCCUUUAAUGAGAGUCAAACUGAGAGUAACAUUAAAUUGGAAGCAGCAAAGGAGAAAUUGGAAAUUGAAUUGAGAAAACAAGAGCACAUGCUUUCCAUACUUAAAUUGAAGGUGGAGAGAUCAGAGAAAGAGAUGGCCAAGCUCAAUUCAGCUUGGCAACCAGCAAAGGGGGAGGCAGACCAAGAAACAAUAACAAAAGAGGAAUUUCAAAAUUUUCGAAAGGUUGGCUUGAAAAUGGAUGAGGUCUUGUUGCUUGGCAGGCGUGGUGUCUUUGAUGGUGUAAUUGGUAGCAUUCAUCAACACUGGAAGCACAGAGAGGUGGUGAAAUUAGUUAGCAUGCAGAAGACAUUAGAAGAAGUCACGAGAACAGCAAGGAUGCUUGAAACUGAGAGUGGGGGUAUACUAAUUGCAGUUGUUAAAUUAAGAAAAGGACAUGCCAUCAUUUUAUAUCGAGGAAAAAAUUACAGGCGCCCACCAAAGUUGCUUCCUGAUAAUCUUCUGUCCAAGAAGGAAGCAUUUGAUCGUUCCAUUGAAAUACAGAGACGAGGGAGUCUAAAGUACUUCAUUUGUCAACAAGAACAAUCGAUAUGGAAGUUACAGCAACAAUUGAAGAAAUUGCAGAAACAAGCAGAAGUAGCUGUAUAAGCUCCUCCGAUGCAUGGGUUUUUACACUGUAAAUAUAAUGUGAAGAUUAUCACUGGAAAUAACUUCUUAAGUGCUGAGAAAAUUGCCCAAGAUUUUUGUGUUUCUGGCUAUUCAUGCGCCAUUAUUUUUAUAUGUACCCCAUUCAAUUUGUAUUUUAUUUAUUUGUAAAAUGUGGCCUUGCCUGGCCUUUAAUCAAUGACCAUUGCCGUGUAUGUGCAAAAUAUGAAAUAAUUUUGUUUC